UACUAAACAACAUUAUACAUUCUGACAAAGUCAUAACAGAACUACAAGAAAUCAAAAAAGAAAUCAAAAAACAUUUUGAAGAGUGGACAAAGAGCAAUCCUAUGAACAACAACUACUGGAAUGAAUGGCAAAAACAAUACAUGCUACAAAAAAGAAUAAACAAGUCAUGA